AGAGAUCUAAAAGAGUUAUCAAAGUUUAAGUUGUAGCUUUGAAAUUUGAUCUCUCAACUUGAAUAUUUUUUGGACGAGCUUCCGGUUAUUAAUUGAACCAGCUAAUACUCCUGCGAUCUAAUCACAAUGAGUAACAAGCUUCUCGACAUCUAUCCUCUCGACCUUCAAUUCCAUUUUGAAUUGAAGAAAAAGAUCUCUUGCUCUCUCUAUUUGGCUAACAAGACCGACAAUUAUGUAGCCUUCAAGGUUAAAACGACGAAUCCAGAAAAAUAUUGUGUGAGGCCUAAUACUGGCGUUGUUCUUCCUGGAUCCUCUAUCGAAGUUGUAGUGACCAUGCAAGCGCAAAAGGAAGUUCCGGCUGAUAUGAAGUGCAAGGACAAGUUCUUGGUUCAGUGUUUUGUGGCUAGUCCCGGAACCAAUGCCAAAGAAGUUACUCGUGAGAUGUUUAGCAAAGAGUCAGGGAAUCAAGUCGAGGACAUUAAACUGAAAGUUGUCUAUGUUGAUCCACCUCGACCACCAUUAAAAGAAGGUUCUUUACCAAGAGCUUCCGUCUCUGACAAUGGGAACGCUUCUGCGAGUGCACUCAUCACAAGGCUCACUGAGGAAAAGAAGUCUGCGGUUCAGCUGAACAAAAACUUCAACAAGAAUUGGACCAGUUGAAGCAGGGAAGCAAUAAAAGUCAGAGUGGUUGUGGAAUCGAUAAAAGUCAGAGUGGUUGUGGACUCAUGUUACAUAUCAAAUGGUAUAUUUCCGCAAGAGGCUUAAGAAGAAAGACAGUGAAAGAAGGGGAA